CAGCGGCGGCGCCCGGACUGCAGCUAAGGGGGCCCGGCCAGCCCGGCGCGGAGAGCUGCGGGUGGUGUUCACUGUUUUCUGCGCUACAAGGACGGGAGGCUUCUCGGCGCUCGCCUCCUCCCCGCCCCGCCGGACCGUGGAAGUGCAGGCGGGACCGUCCCGGGGCUGCCGGAGGGGCGAGUGCGGACUCGCCGGAGCUUCCUCCCCGACCGGUGCUGCUGGGCAGAGCUGAGGAGGAGGCGGGAAGGAGAAACGGCAGCGAGAGAAAGAGGACAAACGGAGAGACGGACAGAGGGGAACAGCUGUGCCCCUCGCAGACCCUCGGUCCCCGCGCAGCGCCCCGGCCAUGGGGAAGCCGACGCCGCCUCUGCAGUGACCGCGGGACCCGGCGCCCGCCCGGCCCUCCCCUCCCCUCGGCCAGCAGAAAGAAACUAAGAGACCCCCAAAACCUGAAAGCCAAAACAAUCCAAAAUAUAUAACUCUAUAUACUCAAAUAAAGAAAUAAAAAGGCUCCGUCAAGCCAGCGGCCGCAGCAGCAAGCCUCCCCCGCCCCGACCUCGGCGGGCGCGAUGAGGACCGGGGGGCGCCUGCCCGUGCCCGUGCGGGUGCCGAUGCCGGCGCUGGUGCCGGUGCUGGCGGCGCUGCUGGGGCUAUGCAGCGCCGAGCGCCCCGCCGAGCGGCAGGCGCUGGUGCUGCCGCGGCGCCUAGGCGCUGCCGGCGGCCGGGAGCGCUUCCGUCUGGAGGCCUUCGGGGAGCGGCUGACGCUGGAGCUGGAGCCCGAUAGCAGCUUCCUGGCCCCGGACUUCACCCUGCAGUACCUGGGCGGGCCGCCGCCGCCGCCGGAGGACGACCUCUCCCGCUGCUUCUACUCAGGCACCGUCAACCGAGACCCCAGCUCCGCUGCCGCCCUCAGCCUCUGCGCCGGGAUGCGCGGUGCCUUCUCCCUGCGGGGCCGCCAGUACCUCAUCCAGCCGGCCGCAGGCACCGCGCACCGCCGCGGCCUCCACCUCCUCCGCCUCCGCCAGGCCCGCCGGGCCACCCCCGCCGCCCGCUGCGCCGUGGCUGAUGCAGAUGCCGAGGCGGGGACAGAGGCAGAGGCGGCGGUGACGGAGCCCGCUGGGCACGCAGAAACGAGAAACAGAAGGAAGAAAAGGUUCGUGUCCAGCCCCCGCUACGUGGAGACCAUGCUUGUAGCCGACCAGUCCAUGGCCGAGUUCCACGGAAGCGGGCUGAAGCACUAUCUCCUGACGCUGCUCUCCGUGGCGGCCAAGCUGUACAAGCACCCCAGCAUCCGCAACUCCAUCAGUCUCGUGGUGGUGAAAAUCAUGGUCAUUUACGAGGAGCGGAAGGGACCCGACAUCUCUUCCAACGCAGCCCUGACUCUGAGAAACUUCUGCAGCUGGCAGAAGCAGCACAACCCGCCCAGCGACCGGCACGCGGAGCACUACGACACUGCAAUCCUGUUCACCAGGCAGGACCUCUGCGGUGCCAAGACAUGUGAUACUCUUGGGAUGGCCGAUGUGGGAACAGUUUGUGAUCUAAACCGCAGUUGCUCUAUCAUAGAAGACGACGGUUUACAGGCUGCCUUCACAACAGCCCACGAACUAGGCCACGUGUUUAACAUGCCUCAUGACGAUGCAAAGCAGUGUGCUGGAAUUAAUGGAAUAAGCCGGGAUUUCCACAUGAUGGCAUCAAUGCUUUCCAACCUGGACCGCAGCCAGCCGUGGUCUCCAUGUAGUGCCUACAUGAUUACAACAUUUUUGGAUAACGGUCAUGGUGAGUGUUUGUUGGACAAGCCCCACAAACCAAUCCAGCUUCCUUCUGACUUGCCUGGCACGCUCUAUGAUGCCAACAGACAGUGCCAGUUUACAUUUGGCGAUGAGUCCAAGCACUGCCCCGACGCAGCCAGUACAUGUACGACGCUGUGGUGUACUGGCACUUCUGGAGGACUGCUGGUGUGCCAAACCAAACACUUCCCGUGGGCAGAUGGCACCAGUUGCGGAGAAGGGAAGUGGUGCAUGAAUGGCAAGUGUGUGAAUAAAACUGAGAAGAAGCAUUAUGAUACACCGGUGCACGGGAGCUGGGGGUCCUGGGGGGCAUGGGGAGAGUGCUCCAGGACGUGCGGUGGCGGAGUGCAGUACUCCUUCAGGGAGUGCGACAACCCCAUCCCGAGGAAUGGGGGGAAAUACUGUGAAGGGAAGCGUGUGCAGUACAGAUCCUGUAACAUCGAGGACUGUCCGGACAAUGAUGGCAAAACCUUUAGGGAGGAGCAAUGCGAAAAACACAAUGAGUUUUCCAAGUCUCCCUUUGGAAGUGGACCUGCAGUGGAGUGGACACCCAAGUUUGCCGGCGUCUCUCCCAAGGACAGAUGCAAGCUGGUGUGCCGAGCAAAAGGAACAGGAUACUUCUUUGUUUUACAGCCAAAGGUUGUGGAUGGCACGCCAUGUAGCCCUGACUCCACCUCGGUGUGCGUGCAGGGUCAGUGUGUGAAGGCCGGCUGUGACCGGGUCAUAGGCUCCAACAAGAAGUUUGACAAAUGCGGUAUCUGUGGUGGCAACGGAUCCACUUGCAAGAAAGUGUCUGGCACAUUUGUGAGAGCAAAACCUGGCUACCACGAUGUUGUCACCAUUCCAGCCGGGGCGACAAACAUCGAGGUGAAGCAGCGAAACCAUCGGGGCGCGAGGCACGACGGCAGCUUCCUCGCCAUCAAAGCCGCAGAUGGCACCUACGUCCUCAACGGCGACUACACCCUGUCGACACUGGAGCAGGACAUCACUUACAAGGGCAGUGUGCUGAGGUACAGCGGCUCCUCUGCUGCCCUGGAGAGGAUCCGCAGUUUCAGCCCUCUGAAGGAGCCUCUGACCAUCCAGGUCCUCACAGUGGGAGACCUGCCACAGCCCAAGAUCAAGUUCACUUAUUUUGUGAAGAAGCCCACACAGCCCGGGUCGGAGAAGGCUCCCAGCAGGAAGAAAGAGUCCUUCAAUGCCAUCAAGGAGACCAUCUCCUCUGAGUGGGUCAUCGAGGAGUGGGGUGAGUGCUCCAAGUCGUGCGGCUCAGGCUGGCAGCGCCGGGCGGUGGAGUGCCGGGACCCCCAGGGGCGUCCAGCCACUGACUGUGCACGGGAGCUGAAGCCCAGCGAUGUGCGUCCCUGCGCCGACGUGCCCUGCCCACAGUGGCAGCUGGGGGACUGGUCGCCCUGCUCUAAGACAUGCGGGAAAGGUUUCAAGAAGAGGUUGUUGAAAUGUAUUUCUUAUGAAGGCAGCGUGCUGCCACAAGAAAGCUGUGAGCCUUCCAAGAAACCAAAACACCUAAUAGACUUCUGCAACGUUACAGACUGCAGUUAAAUAGUAUAAGUUGGGAAAGCUAAUUUUUUAUUAUUAUUAUUAUUAUUAUUAUUAUUAUUAUUAUUUGUUUUCCUUCAGAACAGUGCACUGAAAAAAAAAAAAGAGGGCUAGAGGCAGCAUGGGUGGUUUUUUGCAGACAAAAUUCAAGGGGAGGAUCCAUUGAGGUGGGACAGUGCAAAUAGCUUUAGAUGACGUUGCAUCCUAAAGAUACCCUGCCAGCUGAAAAAAUUGGUAGGAUAGCAGACCCAUGUCAUUGACUCGAUUUCAGCAGACAAUAAGGCCCAAAUGCAUUACAGUUCUCUUUUUUGUCAAGUCUGUUACAAAUUAAACCAGACAUGAACAGCGCCCAAAACAUGUUUAAGCAAAGAUUUUGGGGUUCAGUUCUUUCACCUUUCUUUUGGAUUUAUUAUUGUGGUACUGAUCAAGUCAAGAAUAGGGGGAGAAAGGGGAGCAGAAGAGAUGGCUUAAAAUAACUGGUCAGGGCUUACCUACCUCAUGAAGGGCAAAAAACAGGAUUGGAAAAGGAGCUUUAACUAUGUCAUUCAUGGCUGCUAUUGUUUCAGAGAAUAGUUUUAUAUAAAAAUAAAGCCAUAUUCUCUACCUGUAAAGAGUAAGUAAUACCAAGAUCAGUCAGUCAACUCCACCAAUAACUAGAAUGUCUUUUGUUUUUUUAAGUAUCCUUAUGUCAUCCCAAUGUGCCUGUCCAUUUCUCUCAUCCACUCCAAGGCCAUUGUGGUGACAUAACAUAAUCCAGAUGCUAGAAAAAGUGGAAAUCUUCAUGGAGCAGGUAACGUCUCUGUGUCUCUAAGCUCUUUGUGCCUUCUGUAUGCCUUCCACUGGCUUAUCUGAUUCAGGCUUGGUCCUACCAUCCUGUCAAACAGACUGAUGGCAUUUGUGAGCAUUGGGAGUUAAUGCUUUCACGUUCAGAUCUUUUUACCUUACCCCAGCCAAUGGGAAUUUAUUUGCAUUUGGUUUAACAAAAAAAAACCCCAAACAAAAAUAUCAAAGAAAUCCCGCUAUGAAUGGAAACUUCUCCAGUGUGGCCUCUGAUGGGUUUGUAGUGCUCAAAUCACUGAUAAGGCGGGAAGACAAAGCUGAAGGAUAGCAGGUCCAUCCGCAGCAAUACGCCAAUAUUCGCAUCAUUAACGUUUGUGCCAGUCCAUAGACAAUGAGAGAAUAUGGCUUUCCAUAUGUAUAUAGUAAAAUAUAUUACUAUAGAUUUUAUAUACUUUAUAAGUAUUUUAUAUUUCUUUCCCUUCUGGGAAGGGUUAUAAUUUGUAAUAAAUGCAUAUAAUGAACGUAUUUAUUUUUAUACUUCUUGUCUAAUGUGAUCUUCUAAGUUAUCACUUUUUUAAGAGGACAUAUAACAAGGAUAGAGUAUUUAUACAGUAUAAUAUGUUACUAGAGGUAAUAAAUGAACCCUAUGAAUUUUGGAAAUGGAGUGUCUUUAUUUCACUGCAUCAAAACUGGUCCAUUGAGCGGAAAGAGCUUUGUAGCCUAAGGCAAAUGUUACUAAAAACAAAGCUAAACCACAUUUUUCAAAAUGACUGGUAGC